CUUGUUGAAUUUCAGGAUAUUAAUAAAAUUUCCUGAUUAACAAAUCCAAGGCUUCAAAACUGACAGAAGAGUGCACAGUAGAGCACAGACUUUGACACUGCUCAGCUACAGAGAUGAAUAAUCAAACAAUAUUAUACUCAGAACUGAAUCUGACCAAGAGCUCAAAAAGGCAGCAAAAGAAACCUAAGGAUGCUAAUAGCUCCAUGCCAAUUGCUGAGCAGGAAAUAACUUAUGUGGAAUUAAAUCUUCAAGAUACUUGCCAAGAUCUUCCAAAGAAUAAGAAGAAUGCCCAUUUCAAAGAGAAGCUCACUGCUGGAAUCUUGGGAAUCAUCUGCAUUGUCUUGAUGGCCAGUAUACUAGCCCUGAAAACCAAUAAUCCUUCUGUUGGAACACUAGAGGAGAACAGUACUCAGAAAGGACCUCUUUAUGAUGGUUGCAGACAGGAUUGGAUUUCCUAUUCCAACAACUACUAUUACAUUAGUACUGAAAAGAAUAACUGGACUCAGAGCAAGAUCGCCUGUGCUUCUAAAAAUUCUAAGCUAAUUAUUAUAGAAAAUGAUGAAGAAAUGAUGGAACACUUAAAAUGCACUUAA